AUGCCGAGAGUGCCCAAGUCGCCCGGCGUGCGGGGCGAGCGCCACAACCCGCUCGCAGAGGAAUACCUGCCCUCGGACCCCUACAAGACAAAGGCCAAGCGCCAGAAGCGCGCCAAGACAGACCAGCAGGACGAGCAGGGCUACGUCGACUCGAAGAGCUCGCGCAAGAUCCUCGAAAUCGGACGAGAGCUCGAGGAAGAGGACGAGCGCGAGAACCAGCGCGGCGCACCCAAAGGCGCAAACCCGGCCUUCGACUUUGAGAAGCGGCUGGGCGAGGACGAUCUCGAGGAGAUUGUCUCCGGCCAGUUCGACGACGACGACGAGGCCUGGGGCGAGGACGACGAGGAGGUCGAGGAGGUCGAGAUCGAUGCAGACGACCUGGCUGCGUGGAACAAGUUCAUCCCCACCGACGACAACCCCAUCCAAUGGCCGGGGCAAGAAGUCGCGCCCUCUGGACCAGGAACAGACCUGGCAGCCCUCAUCCUCGAGAAGAUCGCGGCGCACGAAGGCGGCGGCGGCGGCGGCGAGGCCAACCAAGGGCCCCGCGAGAUCGUCGGCGGCGGCGCUCCAGAAGACGCCGUCGAGCUGCCCGCCAAAGUCGUCGAAGUCUACAGCAAGGUCGGCCUCAUCCUCUCCCGCUACAAGGCCGGCAAGCUCCCCAAGCCCUUCAAGAUCCUCCCCACCAUCCCCGCCUGGGAGACGCUCCUCGCCAUAACGCGCCCCGAGAACUGGACACCCAACUCCAUGUACGCCGCCACCCGCAUCUUCAUCUCCUCGAAGCCCUACAACGCCCAGAUCUUCCUCAACACCGUCCUGCUCCCCGCCGUCCAGCAGCACAUCGCCGAGACACAGAAGCUGAACGUGCACCUCUACAACGCUUUGAAGAAGGCCCUCUACAAGCCGAGCGCCUUCUUCAAGGGCAUCGUCUUCCCCAUGCUCACCGAGAGCCGCUGCACCCAGCGCGAAGCCACCAUCGUCGCCUCUGUUGUAGCCAAGGUCUCGGUGCCCGUCCUGCACUCAGCCGCCGCCCUACACCGCCUGUGCGAAAUCGCCGCCGAGCAAAUGUCCAGUGACCCCGACGCCGCCGGGCCCUGCAACAUCUUCAUCAAGACGCUGCUGGAGAAGAAGUACGCGCUCCCCUUCAAAGUCAUCGACGCACUCGUCUUCCACUUCCUGCGCUUCCGCGCCGUCGGCGCCUCCUCGGCCGACGCAAUGGACACCGACUCCGUCGCCGGCGACCUCGCCGCCACCGGCAAACUCCCCGUCAUCUGGCACCAAUGCCUCCUUGCCUUCGCCCAGCGCUACCGCAACGACAUCACAGAGGACCAGCGCGAGGCUCUGCUCGACCUCCUCCUCACGCGCGGCCACAAGGGCAUCAGCCCCGAGGUGCGCCGCGAGCUCCUCGAGGGCCGCGGGCGUGGUGUUGUCGCUGAGCCCGCUGCCGCUGUCGGCUUGGAUGGCGACGAUACCAUGGUUAUGGAGUAG